AUGUGGUGCUGUCGUCUCAGCCAUCUCAGUCUGGUUACAUGCACUCGCUCUGGCGAGCAAGUCAGGCCAGCAGCCCUGUCCUGUCGGCCCAAUCCUUUCUCCAAGCGACUCAGCCAUUCGAAAAAGGUUGAGCAACACAAUAAACCUACUAGGAACGGACUCGAUGGGUCUCAUAACCCUGUGAUCCACUCUGUAUUGCGUGAUGCUAUCAAUCCGUCAAAUGAGGCUGUGCGACCGGAGUAUGCCGUGACUUUGGAGAUUGUUCUUUGGCGAAAAUCGGCUUAUGCAAGUCGACUUUCCGAGCUGGAAUCAACUCACCUUGUGCUUACUCCUUGGAGAAGAAUCAAUUCAUUCAAAGGUGCUCGUGAAGGCGCUUACACGGCGAGGGCAAGUGAAAGGCAGAAGGUGUAA